GUCUGCACAUUUAGUUUUGUGCCAUUGAAGACUUAUCUGCCUGAUGGUGAUAUUGAUUUGACGGCUUUAUGUGACAGUCUGAAUUUGAAAUAUAUCUGGGCCAAUCAGGUUCAAGAUUUAUUAAAGAAUGAGGAAAAGAACAAGAAUGCUGAAUUUCAUGUGAAGGAGGUUCAUUAUAUCCAAGAUGAAGUUGAUCACCUCACAAAUCAGAAUCAUCUGUUCAAGCGUAGUAUUAUCUUGAUCAAAGCUUGGUGCUAUUAUGAGAGCCGAAAAUUGGGUGCGGGAUCUGAUUUGCAAUAUUUUACAGCGGAACCUCCUCGAAAGGACAGUGGAGAAUUGCUUCUUAGCAAGUUGUUUCUUGAUGCUUGUAGCUCUGUGUAUGCUGUUUUACUUGGUGGUCAAGAAAAUAAUGGACAACCGUUUGUUUCAAAACAUUUUAAUGUGAUCGACCCAUUACGUGUGAACAACAAUCUCGGGCUUAGUGUUAGCAAAGAUAAGUUGUAA